AUGGACCGAGCCAAGCAGACGGGACGAACGAAGAGUUCGCAUAUUGUGCGCAGUGGAGCGUUCCCAGCGCGGGGAGACAGGCGCACCCUGAUUUUGAGGGGGAGCCGCACCAUCUGCUUCGGUGUCUCGUUUUCUCUUGGAGGGUCGCCAGAGGCCCGCGUCCGCCCUGCAUUUGCAGAAUCCUUCUGCAGUGUUCAGUCGAUUCAGCUGCGCCACCCGACACGUGCAGCGAGGACGGGCAAAUGGCUGAUGCUUGACGGCAUCAAGGCCGAGCAAAGCUCGAGAAUCUCACGCCUGCGGCUACCGGAUCCUAUGAGGCAAGCUGAUGUUCAUCCAGACGUCGGGCAUAUCACCGAUCGGCACGAGCGAGAGAUCGCCAUUCUGCGUAUUCUUGACUCCAUUGGCUUCAACUGGCCUGUAUUUUGCGCUGUCGCUAUCGGAUUCCUAGCCUCCUCAUACAGCCUCUUCGCCACGAACUUUGUGACGCCGGCUCUACUCUAUGUCUACCCGCCGGAAGGCUUUAGCCAUGUGGACGUAGGAGAAAUGCUUGACUUGACCACCUUGAGCGCUACCCUGUUCGGAAUGGUCGUCUUUGGCUACUUCGCCGACCGAGGAGGGCGCAAGAGGCUAUACGGCUGGGAGCUGAUCAUUUUGAUUCUGGCUACGGUCGGGCUUGUUUUGUCUUCUCAGGGAUUUAUGCAGACGGAUACGAACGUGGAAGGGGUCCCCAAAAAUUCGAUGAAUAUCUAUGCAUCUAUUAUUUUCUUUCGGUGUUUGUUGGGAUUUGGUAUCGGCGCAGAGUACCCCGUAUCAGCUGUCAUAGCAGCUGAGUUUGCAUCAACGGAUACAAGAGCCGUCAUGAUGGCCGCCAUAUUCCUCAUGCAGAGUAUUGGACGAUUAAUGGCCCUCGGCAUCGGCCUCGGCUCCCUGCAAAGGCUCAUGCAACACUACAGUCUUGGUAUGAACGAAGUCGAUGGAGUUUCGGCUGAAGUCAAGGCCAAAAUCGUGAUAGAUAUAGUCUGGCGGAUAGUUAUAGGGAUGGGAGGCGUCAUGGCACUUAUUGCCGUGGGCCUACGACUAAUCAUUCCCGAGUCACCCCGAUACUUUUCCGGCAUCCAGAAGGACUUGAGGAAGGCUGCUCUCGCGGUCCAGCAGGUCGGCGGGAAACUGGAAGACGACCAACGAUCGGAAAUAUCAGUCUCUUCAGGUGUGCAUCACCGCUUUCACAAAGACGAAGACCCAACGCCAUGGUUCAGAGCCGCCCGCAAACACCUUAGAGAAGGCGGCUGGAAGCCUUUGGUGGGAAUGUCAACUAUAUGGCUGCUAUUGGAUGUGUGCUUUUACGGUACCAGUCUGGACAGUCCUCGAACGCUGAAUACACUGUGGCUGGACCAAGAUGCUUCCAACGCAAAGUUGCCGAUGUGGAACGCCGACCCCGGCUCGCCCAACGCCACUAUUCAGCAGAUUCUAGACAACAAUGCUAAACGAACUCUUAUCCUUUCCUCCAUUGCGUCACUCGUUGGAAGCCUUAUCGCCAUUCCAGUGGUCCAUUUUACAAACCGGAAAAGAUUACUCAUAGGGACUUCCUUGGCUUUAACGCUUCUGUUCAUCGCCACCGGAGCCAGUGUCGUGCGGACGUACGCGACGCCAGACCACGAGGUCAGCAUGGUAUUCUUCGCGCUGGCCCAAUUCAUGUUCAACGUCGGCCCUAAUACGCUUACUUUCAUAAUGGCGGCCGAGAUAUUCCCCACUGUCUUCCGAGGAACGUUCUACGGCAUCUCAGCUGCAGCAGGAAAGCUCGGCGCUAUCAUCAUCAGGGCCAUCGUGGCAGGUGCGGGUGAUGGACACAAAGAGCUCGUUGUUUACUUGUUUGUCUUCAGCGUGAUUAUGCUGAUCCUGACUGUCAUCGCUGUUCUUCCAGGGGCACUCCCAGAGGUCCAGACGGACACAAAGAAAACCGCCAACCGGCCCGCGUCGACCAGGUACUCUCUGGAAGCAGCCAACGACGAUGAAUCGGAUGACGGAAUGCCCGAGAAUUGGUGGGGAAAGUACUUGCCCAGGCGGUGGAAGAGCAUGGCCCUCGAGGAUAUCGCUCGGUAUCCACUGCCUCAGGAUGAAUUUGCAUUGCAACACGACAACACUUCCGUAGAUCAAGAGCACUUUCAAGUCGCGAGCGAGCCUGUUUUUGCAAACAGUGCUCAUCAGCCAGAUUUCUCGCCGUUUCCAUCCGACUUUACCAACGGGGGUGUGGCGCGUGGUGAGAUAGAAGAUGGUACCAAGAAGUUUGAGGAUGAGGUCAAUCAGCGGUUUUCUUCUCCUAUUCCGCGCGAGAUGAGUCCGACGAGGAGAUAA